GGGCCUGGAGAGCAGGGCUACAGGUUAGACCAUCGGUGACCCCUCUUUCUCCCAGCUUCUAGUACAGGCCUGGCCUGCCCUUGGGAAACCUCCAGAACCUUCUCCGCCCGGUUAACAGAUGUGCCCCCCCCCGCCCCCCCAAUCCCAGCCAUCCCCAUCCCGGCGCACACGUUUCCCCUCCUAUUUCCCCACCUGGUUACCUCUCCAAACCCCUUCCGUUGGAGCAGAGUGACCACAGACCCCUGCUCCGUCCCUGCUUCCGGCAGAAGCGUCACACCCUUGACAGUAGGGCCAUGAGCUCAACCCACUUGGAGCGCCUUCCUGCCCACACCCUGGGGGGUCCCCCUGCCAUCUGGUCACUGUCCUCUGAGGUCACUCCCACGAAACAGGGGGGCUUCUGGCAAAGCAGCUCUCUGCCUGGGAUUUUGGGGCCUAGAACCUUCCAAAGCCUUCGUCCCCUCCCUAGACAGCGCCCGAGGUCUGGAUGGACACUGAGCACAAGGGAAGUGUGACCACGCCAGAAACGCAGACACCUGCGGGCCCCCACGGCACCAAGGGGAUCCCACAUAGGGGGGCUCCUGGAGGGGGGCCGUGGCCUGAGUCCUGAGGUGGAGCAGGGCUGCAGGGUCGGCCCAGUGGCUCCCCCGGGGCUGCGGAGGCCCCAAACCGAGAGCCUUGGAGACAACACAAGAGGGUGAGUGCGUGGGACCCCCCCCCCCCCCCCCACUGGGGCCAACGACUUGAGCAAGAAUAGCUCUCAUGUCAGGGCAGGUAUCCCAGGGGAUUAUUUCAUUCUUGCCAUCAUGGCCAUAACCCGACGGAUGCGGGGACUGAAGAUUUGUGUCACCCCGUGUCACUGCCGAAACAGGUACGGGUCACCGUCAAAAGGUUGUAUGUGGCCUGGCCACUUAGCGAACCGUGCGUUGGCCCCUCCUUGCGACCCACCAGUUUCACUCUUACGUGUGCACGCAACAUGUUCCCCGAAGGACACGGACCAGAAUGUUCCUAACGGCUUCGGUCACGAUGGCAAAAGGGGGGAAACGGCGCAAACGUUGGACAACAGGGCCGCGGAGAGACAGGCAGCGGGAAGUGCGCGCGUCAGAACACCGCGACGCCGCGACGGCGCCACUCAGAAGGCGCUGCUGUCUACACUGCGGCGUGGCUGGGCUCCACGGGCAGCACGACAGGCUCAAGGAACCCAAAGUGGAUGACCCACUUCUGCCAAGUUCAGGAAUGGGUGCCACCAGUCUCUACAGGGCAGAGGCCAGAAGAUGGUUACUUCUUGGGGGGGGGGUGGGGAAUGAUCGAGGGUGCUGGCCACGUUCUAGAUCUUUACCUGGGUGGUGGUUACAGGGGUGGUGCGGAGGGGAAAACCCAUCACCCUGCUCGUUUUUAGUGUUCUUCGUAUACACACAUGUGGGUACAUAACAAAGUUAUGUGUAAUGCAAAUUAUAUGACAAGUACAAGGCACCUAUUUCCCAUCACCGCACCUGUUCUCUGUGGCCCCUGGGCCAAACCCUGCCUGCAGCCUGCUUUUGUGCAGCCCUCCAGCUACUGUAAACAGAAAAGAAUAUGCCAGGGGUGCCUGGGUGGCUCAGUAGGUUAAGCGUCUGACUCUUGAUCUCGGCUCCGGUCAUGAGCUCACGGUUCAUGAGUUCGAGCCCCACAUCAGGCUCUGCGCAGCCGGUGCAGAGCCUGCUUGGAAUUCCCUCCCCCUCGCCUCUGCCCCUCCCAGGACACACGUGCCCGCUCUCUCUCAAAAUAAAUAGAUUUUUAAAAAAUAUGCAGCAUGUGGCUCCCAGAGCCUCAACCGGCCCCUACUCCCUGGGCCCCUGCAAAGAAGGCCUGCAGACCUCUGGUUCUGGCCACCCGCCAUCCCGGGGCCUCUCCGUUUUUCUCCACCCAGGAUGGCGCUCAUGCCUCCCAACCGCCCAGGGUUUCUGUGGACAGCCCUCCCUGCAGGAGGCUCUCCGUCCUCGGAGAGCCAGCACUCAGGACCUCCCGCCGUCCAGAAGCAUCCGGUGGGUGCUACUGGCCAUGCCCGGCUCCACGGCGUGCCGGUGCCCCUCCCCAGUACAGACUGACGGGCAGGGGCGCCCGGUCACCCUGAGGCUGCUGACCUGCUCCCAACACUCAGGUCCCCGAGCAGGUAGGGGAGGGGAUUCUUCUCCGGGCAGCUCUGAGCCCAGGGCUCAGCAAGGCGGGCGGACGGUGGGUGGGGAGGGCCCUCAGAGAGAGAGGAAGACAGAGCACCUGAGCGGCAAUAAACCCGACCCUGGCGACUGUCUCCCUGCCUCAGUUUCCUCCUCCGCGCCCCGAGGAUGAGCCUGGCUCCACCCUCCGUCCGCCGUGUGACCGUGGGCAAGCACCUUACGCCUCUGUGCCUUGGUGCCCCUGUCUCUAAACAGAGGUAGUAACAGGUGCAGGCAUGGGCCCUGCGAGGGGCGCAGCAGCCGACAGGAGCAGGUGCGGGUGUUCGGCGCCAUUACCUGUGAGAACCCGGAUGCGGUGUGGGCGCUGGCAGGGAGGUGGAGUUGCAGCCCAGCCUUGGGCCCCAUCCUAGGCACACGGGCUGGUGGGGGGACAGACGUCAGUAUACGGGGCACAGGGAAGACCCAGGGGGUGCCAGGUAGCCACAGGCAUUGGAGUGAGAGGGGCAGGCGGGCUGGGACCAGGACCGUAGGGGGAUGUCCCGGCCACCUGGAGCCCCGGCAGCCCCCGCACCAGUGAGGGCGCAGCUCAGGGGGCCUCGCAGAUGUGCCUGCAGGAAGCGGCCGGCAGGAGGCCAGGCGUCUGGUGGGCAUCACUGCUCCCCCGCCGCCAGGCCCCGCCGCUGGUCUCCCCUCUUGCUUGGCCUGUGUGCACGAGGUUCGAGUCUCGCACCGGCCUGGACGUGCCCUUUGGGGCCUCCUUCAGCCACCCCUGGGGCCCGGGGGCCGCUCCACGGCCCUCUUCCACCCAUGAGGGGGUUACCAGGGCCGGAGGGGGACAGCCAGGCCGGGCCGGCUUCAGACUGCACCUGUCCAGGUGGUGACCCUUGGGCCCUGCUCCACAUUCCCAACCCCAGUCCCCGUGGCACUCCCAGCUUUGCCCCCCGAUGGCAAGGCCAGGGUGGGCUGCUCAAAGGAACCAGACUUCUCCCAGCAAACCCCCCCCCCCCCCCCCGGCUCAUCAUCCAAGUCCCUGGGUGGCUGGCCCCGGCUGCCCUCCUCAGACACCUUCCCCGGGCCCCCGGGCCCGGCUUCCCGUUCAGUCAAAUAAACUCGACCCUGAGAAGGAACGAGAAAUCUGCCCGUGAAAGAAGAUGCUUUAUAAUGAGAUUCUCACCAGCCUCGCUCGGCAUACGGCACCUAGCCGAAUGGCACACGUGGCUAAUUAGGUUUAAUUACGUAUCAUUUAAAUUCAAGAAUCCGUUAAAAGAAAGGACUGCAUUAGCAGCCGGCCGGUGUUUGCCAACACACAGAGGAAAUCACGGACUUUUAUGUCUUAAUUGCGUGACGCUGCCGUGGGCUGUGGCUCCCCGGGAGCCGGGGUUCCAGGAGGGGGCCGGUUCUGGGCCGCCCGCCCUCAAGUCCACCGGGCAACUGCACUCUGUCCAACGGCGUAAGAGAGCGCCCUGCUCCGUGCUGGCCAGUGACCUGUGACCUGCAGGGCCUCAGAGGCACCACACUGCAAAGGCUGAACCAGGAAAGCCAGCAAAGAUGUGCCCCUUGGCAGUGGGAAGAGAGCAGAGAGGGCGACGGAGAAAGGGGCCGAGAGACCCCUCUGGCCUGGAGCAGGCCCUGCCAGGACAGAACAGGAUGUGGGGGG